GCUUGCGUGUGCCACAACUGCGCAUCAUUUGCUCGCAGUCGGUACAUCGUGAAGGUCCGCGAAAUUAGUGUUAUUAUAUGGUGCCUUUAUAUUUGCGCUCUACUUUGACGAAAUUAACUACAAUGAAGUCGAACAUCAUGGAUCUAGUUAGACAAAAUUUUCACAAAGACUGUGAGCAAGCGAUUAAUAACCAAAUCAAUUUGGAAUUGUUCUCGAGUUACGUCUAUCUGUCUAUGGCAUAUUACUUCGAUAGAUGCGACGUAGCUUUACCAGGGCAUUAUACGUAUUUCAAAAAAGCUUCAGACGAAGAAAGAGAACACGCCAUGAAAUUUAUGACUUAUCAAAACAAGAGAGGUGGCAGCAUCACUUUGGCACCUAUUGAAAACCCGCCAAAAAAUGACUGGAUCAGCGCUCAUGACGCUAUGACGGAAGCAUUGAAGCUAGAGAGACAAGUUAAUGAGAGUCUUCUCCAAAUACACGCCUUAGCGACUCGACACAACGAUCCAAACUUGUUAGAUUUCCUUGAAACUGAGUAUCUGAAAGAACAAGUAGACUCCAUCAAUGAACUUGCCAACCACAUAACAAAAUUAGAAAGAGUUGGCGAUGGUGUAGGAGUACAUAUCAUCGACCAAGAACUUGGGGGAUAAAACGCCCUUUUAAAAAUUUAACACUAUUAUUGUAGUAAAAACGUCAACAUACUAUGCAUGGACAGAGAAUGAGCAAAAAAUUGUACAUUACACAAUACUAAUGUGAGAAAUAAAUACAGUAUUUUAAUUUCUAUUGCUAAAAUAAAUAUAUAUGAACUUGUAUAAU